AUGGCAGUGGAUCCGCUGGUUGUGUCUGUGACAAGCGAGGUGGUCCAGUGUUCAGGCUUAGAAAAGCAGGAGCCCAUUAAAGGUGAGACGGCCAAGAAGGCCAAUGGCAUCCUGGCCUGUAUCAGGAACAGUGUUGGCCAGCAGGACCAGGGAAGUGAUUCUUCCCCUGUACUCAGUGCUGGUGAGGCCACACCUGGAGUAGUGUCCAGUUCUGGGCCCCUCAUCAGGAAGGAUAUUGAGGUGCUGGAGCAGGUCCAGAGAAGAGCAACAAGGCUGCUGAAGGGACUUGAGCACAAGUCCUGUGAGAAGAGGCUGAAGGAGCUGGGGCUGUUCAGCAUGGAGAAGAGGAGGCUCAGGGGAGACCUCAUCACUCUCUACAACUCCCUGAAAGGAGGUUGUAGCCAGGUGGGGGUUGGUCUCUUCUCCCAGGCAACCAGCAGUAGGACAAGAGAGCAUGGUCUUAAGCUCUGCCAGGGGAAGUUUAGGUUGGAUAUUAGGAAGAAAUUUUUUACAGAGAGAGUAAUCAGACAUUGGAAUGGGCUGCCCAGGGAGGUGGUGGAUUCACUGUCCGUGGAGGGUUUUAAGAUGAGACUGGAUGUGGCACUUAGUGCCAUGGUCUAGUUGUUAGGGUGGUGUAGGAUCAAGGAUUGAACUUAAUGAUCUCAGAGGUCUUUUCCAACCUGGUUGAUUCUAUGAUUCUGUGAUUCUACGAGUCUUCUUUUGCAGGACAGUUUGCAUGGGGGCAAGGGAGGAGUAGGCACAAUGAUAAUGUGACAUGAAAUUAGGGAGGGGAAAAUUAAUGGUGGAUCCAACAGUGAAUUUGAACAUAAGGGAGUAGUGUUCAGACACACUUGCUUCUCUUCAGGCUAAUCAUCAAGCCUUCAGGCUUAUCAUCAUUCUGCCAUUAAUAUCAGUUUUGCAUCUUCUUGUUAUUAUUUGCUACAUGCAGAUAUAAGUACUGUGUCUGGCCUACACAGUGGAAAAACAAAGACUGAAGAAAUCCCUUUUCUGCUUCUGCUGUCCCUCUGCAUCUCUUUAGGGAUCAAACAUGAUUCAUUAUCUUCCCUGGGAGUGCCUUCCCCUCACCUCCAAACGCCAUUCAGCCUUUGGAGAGUCCUGGUGUGAGAGCAGAUUGCUUUAGCUGAACAUUGGCAAGUGACUACAACCUACAGCUGGAGUCUGUCUGGGCUUCUGACCCCUUUUCCUUCUCAUCAUAGGUUUUAAAGAGGGAUUUAGUUUUGGAACUGCUGACUUCAGGUCUCACAUCUAUGCUGAUGGCUUUAUUUAUGGCAGAGACAGAACAUAAAUUGUCAUCUUCUGCCUGCCCAAUGUCAGAGAUGUCUCUGUAGACAGGACAGCAAUUGUUGAUUCUUUGGGGCAUUUGACUUUUAAAUUUCCUCCUCAUCACCUUGCUUUAAAGAGCAUUGCUUUGGUUGUUGGUUGCUCCUGUUGUCCUUUCAGAAGGGCACCCUGCAGCACUGCAGGGCUGCUUCUGCAGGCACCAGCAGAGAGUUGCUGGGCUUCAGGGGUGAUCAAUAUGGAAAAACCUACAUGUUCAUCUCUUUGUGCACUUUAAACUUUAAACUUCCCAUUUUACCAUUUAGGCAGAGUUUAGCACAAGUGAAGGGGUAACACAGUUUCAAUAGGAAGACAAAAUUGAUAAUCUUAUGUUCUUUUCUGACUGAUCUCUUUCAAUCUUUAGAGUGCUCUUUCAUUGU